UUUACACUGCCAACCAAAAGAGAAUUUUUGAAGCUCUACCUUCUAGAAUAACUGACAGAUCUAUAAGAUGGAUAACCUGAAAUUACUCAUCACUAUCGCCAUAGUCAUACCCAGUAUAUUAACAGCAGAUAUAGAUAUUGUAUGGAAUGGUGGUGAAAAGACAGCAAAUGUCUCAGCAACAGCGAUGUCCCCAGGAUCCAGAGCUGAAGGGGGAUUGUGGUUUGAUGAUAGCAUAAAGUCAUAUCUGUUUGGUGGAUGGUCCUACAAUAGCAUAUCAAAGGAAUUUACUCUCACCAAUGAUUUAUGGGUUCUGGAUGUAAAUACAUUCCACUGGAGUACUUUAAAACCUGUCGCUAAUAAUAAACCAACUGCCCGUUACUCGCCUUCAAUUUGUGGUAUACCAUCAAAAAUGAUCGUUAUUUACGGAGGAAUUGAUCAAGACGGUAAAAAACUUGAUGACACUUGGAUUUAUAAUAUAAUAGACAAUUCAUGGGAAGAACUUACAUUGUCAGGUAAUGGUUCCAUAAUCAGCCAUCCACCAGGGCGAGGACACCAGUCAAGCUGGUGCACAAGCACUAUGCUUAUAAUAUUUGGAGGAAGAAAUUCAGAACACAAAGCAUUAUUUGACAUGUGGUCUUUUUCUUUAGUUAACCAAAAAUGGAGUGAAAUGGAAAGCUCAAAAAAAUAUCCAUCAAAUAGUUUUGGUCAAACUCUUGUUUCAUAUCCCAAACCUCGUAGUGGGGCAACAACCUUUCAGCAAGGAUCUUUAUAUUUGUUUGGUGGCAAUACAGCCGUAAUAGAUUCUGGUGAGACAUAUGUUGAUGGAAAAUAUGCUAAUGAUCUCUGGAGGUAUGAUAUUGAAAAAGAUUCUUGGACAAAGAUUGGUGGUUUUGACAAUGUAUGUCAUUCAGGCAAUUAUGGUCAUUUCCAAGUUGCCAGUAAGGAUAACUGGCCUGGAUGUAGAGUCAAGGCUACAGGGUGGGUGGAUACUAAUGGAAAUCUAUGGAUGUUUGGUGGAGAUGGAGCAGAUUCCACAGCUGAAUCGGUUACAGUUUUCAAACCAGGCAGAUUAUUAAAUGAUUUAUGGCGGUAUGAAUUUGUUUUCAAAAUGUGGUCAUGGAUGGGUGGCAACAAGUAUGGAAACACUGGAGGAAAAUAUGGGGAGUCCAAUUCAGAACGUUAUCCAGGAAGUAGAACUAGCUUUAUGUCAUUCAACAGGUACAGCAAUUUUCAUCACAUUUACGGAGGCAUGGGACAUGAUACAAAUGGAAAAGAUGGGCUACUUAGUGACUUGUGGGAAAUAGAUGUACACAAGGAAGUGGUGUAUGGGAAAUAUCCUACUAUUAGCAAUGUAUUUAUGAUAAUAUUUGGACUUUGUGGAUUGAUUUUGUUAAUUGUGGCAUUGUCUUUGUAUAAUCGCAGAUUCUUUAAAGGUUCGGAAAAGGAUAAAGAUAAAAUGUCAGACACUGAAUACUGCAUGCUGACUAACAUAGAUGAUGAUGAUUAACUUAUUUAUAUGUUGGAAGAUUUUAUAAGAUUUUCAAAAAGAUUUUGGACAUGCAAAAAAAAUUAGAAAGAGAACAUUUCAAAUGCUGUAAGGGAUACUCCAUGAUGUGCAGUAACAAAAGUUGAAUUUUUAAGAUGCCUAUACAGUUCCCCAGGGUUUCUGGUGGGAAAAAUGCAGUAGCUCAGAACAAAUAUCUAGGGCCCUGUGUUAUAUAUUUAUGGAUGAUUUUUUAAUCAAUAGUAACCAUAAUGUAACAUCUUUGCAUGGUAAAUUGCAGGAUUCAGGUUUAGUUUUAGGAGUACAGUGUGAUGGGGUGGGGAUAGGAGGGGAUGAUUUUGGAUGAGGCAAACUUAAUGUAAAUUUGAUCAUAUGAUAUCAUAUUUUGAUUUAUAUUGUCUGUGUUUUUAAUCAACAGCUUAUACUUAAACAGUUUGUAUUCAACACUUUUCUUCAAUCAUAUCAUUCCUUCUGAUUUAAAUUAUAUUUACAUUUAACUUUAAUUGUCCUGAAUAUGUAUAAAUUAUUUGACACUAAGCCCACAAAUGUCAGCAGAAAAGAUUAACACUAUUAAACAUGUUAAAAUAAAGUUACAAAGGGUAUUCAAAGCAAAUUUAUUCCAACAUAUAUAUAUAAAUCGGAAGAAUAUAGGUACUACAUUUUUACAAUGAUGAAUGAAACAUUGUUAAAAAAAUACUGUGGAAUCUUUUUUUUUUUUUAAUUUGUCAUUUGUUCUAAUCACUGCAUCUGAAAUAUAGACUUAGAACUUGAAUUUGUGGUUUGUCUCUACUAAAAAAUCCAUAAAAUUAGUAUCCUACAAAUAAUAAUGAAUCCAAGGUAGAUAAUUCUUUAUCACAAGAAGAGUUACUUCCCUGUUCCUCUCUUACCAUGACCUAUCCAACUUUAAGAUUUUGUCACUUAUCAAAUCAAAAUUUUUGUAUGAAUGUAAAAUUUUAGUAUGUCUCAAUCCAAGAAAUCCAAAAUUAGAAUAUUAUUAUUGCUGAUUUUAUGUUCAGCAUUUUUUAUAAGUUAUUAUCAAUUUCACAACAUUUUUAUACUUUUUUAUAUGACCAUGCCAGCGUAUUUGUACCUAACGGGCAAUAAGACACAUAUUUGGUCUAAAUUCUAGUUUACAUUUAAAAGUUUUUAAUUUGCAUUUACAUAACCAAGGAAAAUGGUGUUUAAUGUUUAUAAAUUAAAAAUGACAAAAUAAGGAUAUUUUGUAAAAUUUCCUGGUGUUACUUGUUUUGUUUCAAGUUUUGAGUAUAUAAGUAUGUGCCCAUUCAAAAAACUGUUGAUAUUUAAGAAUGUGUAAAAUGCUACAAGAAAGCUUUUCAUUUUUUUUUAAUUUGUUUUGGCUGUGCACAAUUUUUCCUCAAAGAUACUAUGGAUGGAAAACUGCUGUAAAGCAUUGACAUUUUCUUUGUUUUUUUGUGAAUUUGGCACAAAUUUUGAUGUAGAUAUGGCAUGUAUAUGAGGUCACAAGAUUGAAAAUCUUGUCAUAUUCAUUGAUAUUUUUUGAUUUUAUGCAUUUAUUUAAUUAUGUGCACAAAUUUGAUGUAGUUCUAAAAAAUUUUAUUUUGUUGAGGCAAAUGAAACUACUCCUUUGAUCAUUUAUAUUUGUAAUUUUCAUGUUGAACAAACAUUUUGAGAUUAUUUUUGGCUUUGUUUACCAUCAUUAAUGCUCUUAUUUAUUUUAUAAGUUUGUAUUCUGUAAGAAAUCACCGUUGAAAAGUACAAUGUAUUGUAAUAAUUCGAACCAUAUUUUUUUAAUGUUGCUCUAUACACGUUUGAUAUAUUGUACGUUAGUGACUUUCAUAUUCUUUUUAUGCCGGAAUUUGAGAACAGGCCACAACCAUAAGAGAAUAUUCAUUUGUUAUUGUAUUUAAUUUGUGUGGGUGUUUGUGUGAGCUUUUGUAGUACAUUGUAACAACUGCAAUAGAUGUAGUAUAUUUUUUACAUUAUACAUUUUUUGUGAUAUGUGAUUUUCUUUAGAUUUUAAUCUUACCUAGGCUUAGAUGAUAGUCAAAGUUUUACCAUUGUAAUUUAAGGUAGAUAGGUCUAAAUUUAAAAAGAUAGAACUUUUUCAAACAUUGCUAAAAUGUAGUUUAUAUCAUGCUAUUUUCAAAGUUAUGAUAGAAGUUAUGAGUCACAGAGCAUUUUUCAAGCUUCAGAUUGUGCAAAAUGUUUAGAUUUUGUAAGAAUUAUACAAGGAAUAGCGCUAUUGUGUGAAAAGAAAGAAAACUAAUUGAAAGAAUAUUAAAAUAAAA